GCUGUUAAGUGCGGCGUCACUGAGCUGCGCCAGGCCUGAUGGAGCCCGGCCCCUGUCGCCUGCCUUCUCCCUGAGGCUCGCUGCAGGCCUCGCCACCUGUGGGUCCUGCACCAUGUUCCUGGUGGGCACAGCACGCCGCAACCUCCAUGCCGCUGGCCUGAGGGAGCCCUCCUUCACCCGCUGUUCUUCCACCUCAAGCUGUGACACAGAUGACGAAGGUGUGCGUGACACCUGCGAAGAUGCUUCUCUGUGCACGAGCAACCGCGUCUCCCUAGGUCCUCAGACUGGACUCGGAUCCGACUGCGAGGCACACUUCUCGGAGCCGAACAGCUUGUGAAGACGGAAGACACGUACACUCCCAGCUCUUUUCAGCCAAUAAUUAAGAAAUGAAGAAUUUGGAAAACAAAAACAGAACAAAGAUCAGUGAAAGGGAUGAAAGAACAAGAACUGGACAUGAAAGUUCUGGAUGAAAAGAACAUGUCUUUAACUAAAACGAUGGAGGAGCUGUGCAGUGCUGAGAUUUUCCAGCGGAAGGAUUGGAGACACAGGGUCCUCGCCCUAGAGCUCCUGCAGCUUCCUACACCCACCAUCGCUUUGCUUCAGCAGCAACUCCAAGCACGUGCUUUGGAAAAAAAGUUAAUGUUAGCUGUUUGGAAUGCGAAGGCUAAUGAAAACAGCUAUCUCAAAAGAGAGAAUCACCAAAGGACGGACAUCACUGUUGCCAAAGAAGCAGCCAUCAGCAAGCCGCAAGAUGAAAAUAAAAAAUUGUCCACUAGCCUUAGAAGUAGCGGUCAUGAUGAGACGUUCAGAGACACCAUUCAGCAUUCAUCACAUCUCAUUAGAGAAAAAGGGCUUGAAAUAGAUGCAUUAAGUCAGAAGUGUCAGACUUUGGUCACCAUUUUGCAAACAUCCAGCACUGGUAAUGACAUAAGAGAUAUUGAUAGUAACAGGUUUGAGGAACUUCUAGAGGAACAUGAGAAAUCAAAACACCAACUUGGGAACAUGGCAGAGUGGCAACAGCAGGUAGUGAGCACAGUACGAAAUGUGCAGCAUGAGGCAGCCCAACUUCAAGAGGCACAAAUUCAGCACAGCACAGGGCAGCUGCAACAGGAAGGUCAGUCUUUUAGGGCAACUCGAUAUUCUGUCAUAGCCGUGUGUGGAAUCAUCAGUCUGGCCACAGCCAGCCCAAUCUCCUGAGGCAGGUAAGUCUGCUGUAUUGAGGGAACCUUCGAAACUGCUUCAAGAAGAGAUUGACAAAGUGAGAAAAUCAGUGCUAGAAAAAGAGGCAAGCGUUAGAACCUUCCAGGAAGAUAAUCAGAGACUCUCUGAUUCAAUUGCUGCCACCUCAGCAUGAGCAAGAAAAGCACUUGAACAAAUGCAUUUGGAAAUUACUCAGCUGAAGGAGAAACAAAAUAUUCUACACAUGUUACUUAAGGGGAAGAACCUUUUCAACAAAGCCAAAAAUAGUCAUGUUCUGCCGGGAAAAAUCUCACUAAUGAAUGAAAAUGAGAUUUUGAGGCAAGCAGUCAGCAACCUGAAGGAGAGAAUGUCAGUUUUACAAAUGGACAUGUCCUGAAAAAUUGUAUGCCAAAAGUUUCCUCAAAGGAGAAUGUCAUUGAUGUAAUCUCAUAGUUGUAUUCCAGGAAACAGGUGGAUGCAGUUAAGAUCCUGCCUGUAAAGAUUGCAUGGGAUGGCAGAGCUGUCUGGGUAGCCUGUGGGCAGCAAGGUAAAGAUGCAUUGUGUCUCUUUGGAGGUGAAGGCAAACUGUGGCUGAGAGGCUUUUGAAAUAGUCAAGAGCACAUUAGCCAAAACUAUAACAACAAAAUAUCUCUUUUAAAUGUAGUGGGGGCCGGGCACCU